AUGGUGUACAAACGAGUGCGCGGUACGAUAUUUUGUAGAAUUACGAAUAUUAUAUUGACUAAAAUCAAAAAGCAGCGAAAAAUAACUCUGACGCAGUUGAAACGAAUAUUGUGCUCGAAGUUCGGCAAUAAUUUCUUUCGCAAACAGAAUCAUAAAUACAUACUACUGAAUGUCAUGGAAUAUUUGUUGUACACGAAGAAAUUGUCCGUAAGUGUUGGUUCGACUACAGAUGAACACGACAGUAUGGAAACAGAAGUUACAGUUAACAAUAGUGAAUUAAUAAUAUAUUAUAAUGUUGUUACGAACGAAUUGUUGUCAAAGUUCAAUGAUGCCUUUUUUUCAAAUCCAUCGAAUAUUUUGGCUCAAAAUAUUUGUACUGUGUAUGACCCAUUUCAAAUAACAUUGUCAAGAAAUAGGAUUCAAGACCAAAUAGUUUCUGACAAUUAUUUUUCUACGAGAAUUAAAGGUUGCGGAAAUCCGAUAGGUGAUCAAAAAUAUUCUGGCCGAUGUUGGAUUUUCGCCUGCUUGAACGUAAUACGAGUUCCGUUUAUGAAACAUUAUAAAAUUCCAAAAUUUGAAUUCAGCCAAGCUCACAUGUUUUUCUGGGAUAAGAUUGAGCGAUGCAACUUUUUUUUGAACGGAAUAGUAUCAACAGCUAGAAAUGGCGAAUAUUUAGACUCCAGAAAAGUGAUGCAUCUACUAAAAAACCCCGUUGAAGACGGUGGCUAUUGGAAUAUGGCAGUCAAUAUUAUCAAAAAGUAUGGUCUUAUGCCAAAACUUAGUUUUCCAGAAAGUUAUAAUAGCGAAGACAGUGAAGAACUUAAUUGCAUUUUGAACACUCCGAGAAUUUGCCAUUGUUUUACAUGA